AUGGAAAAGCCAAAGAGGACGCUCGAAGAACUUUUAGACCUGACAGAUACUGAAUCAUCUUCCUCCAGUAACGGAGUAUACGGAACUAAUCAACAGUUUGUGUUAGAAUUGCACGAUCUCAAGAAGGACGACCCCCAAGCCCCAACAGAGCACACAGCACCGAGUGAUUUGAAGAAGAAGAGAAGGAGGAAGCGGGCCCAACCAACUACAGAGAGGAGCACCACUUCUACUUCUAGUGCAGCAUCAGAUGCUAACCCGAAACCGGAAGAUGCAGGAAAGGAGGAGUUUUAUGAUGCGAGUGGUAGCUUGCACGCAUUGCCGGAAAACCAAACAAAGCCGACUGGCACUAUAGUACUGGCGCAAGCGCACUCUGAACACGGCCAGGAUCCAAAGGCAAUGACAGAUCAAAGAACAUCAGCAACACCACGACAACCAUCUACAAUAACGAAACCUGUCGUGCCUCCCGAUGAAUAG